CUUCUGGGAUCCACUUCCUUCCUGAACGACGACGUCACCUCAGAGCCAUGGCAGAGGUCAUGGCAAGUUCGAGCGUGGCUGGUACCGCCAACGGCAUAGCCGUAGCCAACGGCCACGAUGCCGAGGUGAACGACCAAGCUGGGCCUUCCCAAGUCGCUUCAGGCUCUUCCGCCCACCGGUACCGCUUCCGCCCAACACGGCACCUCUACGAGCCUCCUCAGCCUCCACCACUGGACCACAAGGUCGAAGAGGAAGCGGCUGCGCAGGCAGCUGCUCUCGCAGCAGGCUUCGAAGGCAGAAAGAUGAGAAGAUUUCUGCAGAGGCGGACGGUCGAUUACAUGGGAUCAUGGAUGAAGUACAGGGAUCAGAGGAUGCGGACAAGUACACCCAGAGGAGACUACUACCUCAAGCCCAGUCCACAUUGGGUUGUCGAUCUUCUCCCCGCUUCAGCAACGUGCUCUCCUGCAUCCUCAGCUGCUCCUCACUUAGUCCAUACCUCGACCAAUAAAAUUCGAACACCAGUCAAUUGCGUGACCUGGCUGCCAUCCUCACGACGUCUCCUCACAGGCUCCUCUUCGGGCGAGUUCACCCUCUGGAAUGGUCUCACUUUCAACUUCGAGACUAUUCUGCAAGCCUGCGACAACGGCGUCCGUGACCUGCAAUGGUCUCACUCUGGCAACCUCCUCCUGUCUGGAGACGCGGGAGGGACCGUCAAAUAUUUUUUGCCCAACAUGAACAACGUUCUGGCCAUUGAUGCGCAUAGAGAGUCUAUCAGGGGGAUCAGCUUCUCGCCCGACGACGCGAGGUGGAUCAGUGGGAGCGACGACUCCACCAUAAAGAUUUUCAAUACAGAGAGAGGUCUGGAAGAAUCAGUCCUCAAGGGUCACGGCUGGGAUGUCAAAUGCGUGCAGUGGCAUCCUUUCAAGGGACUCAUUGCCAGUGGUGGAAAGGACAAUCUCGUCAAAUUCUGGGAUCCGCGGAGAGGAGGCAGAGAGAUCGGAACAUACCACGGCCACAAGAACACGAUCCAAGCACUAGAGUUCUCCCCCAACCACGUCUCGAACUCAGAGCUGCUAGCAUCGGCUUCCAGAGACCAGACAGUCAAGCUGUACGAUCUGCGCAUGAUAAAAGAGUACAUGACGCUCAAGGCUGCGCCUGUGGAAGGCGGCAGUGCGGAGACGGGUGGGGUGUGCUCGCUCUCCUGGCACCCUUCGGCUCCUCUCCUCUCUUCGGGUCUGUCGACGGGAGUACUUCAGCACCACUCCCUACUGCCAUCUGCCACACCUGAUCUACCGAUCAGUACGGUUCCGCAAGCGCACGACCAGUCCAUCUGGGCGAUGAGCUGGCACCCGCUAGGCCAAAUCCUCGCUACAGGAGGCAACGACUGUUUCACCCGCUGGUGGCAGCGCGAGCGAUUGGAGGAGGGAGACCUCAAGGCUGUCAAGGACCAAGAGGGUGGAGUUCUGGGCGAGGGUGUGCCAAGCAGAAGCAGGAGAGAUAGAGGCGCAUAUGCAGAUGACGAUGACGACGGGGAUGCCAAUUCUAGCUUCAUUCCUGGACUCGGAGGAGCAGGCCCACCCAGAGGAGCUGUCGGAGGUGCUCCUGGCGCGGGUGCAGGAGGAAGUGGGACCCGCGACGACUUCCAGAGAAGAGAUCGACCUCCUCCUCCUCCGGGCUUUGGCUUUCAGGAAGAAUUCUCUCGACCCACUCCUCCCACGUCGGCUCCUCCUCCUCCUCUUGGCUACGGCAAUGGAGGCGGCAUGGGUGGGGCACCGCCUCCUCGGGCUACAGGUGCGAACGUUGGGGCCCGGGACGCUGGGUGGGGAAGGAGUCGGCCCGGAGGCGGGAACGAGGGCGGCGGUGGGGGCGAGUAUGGUGGAGAGGUUCAGCAAGGCGCAUAUGGCGGGCAAGUCCAGGCCUACGGACAACAGCAGCAACAGCAGGGAGGAUAUUCGCCAGCACCUGGACCUCCUCCCCAACUCCAACAGAACUUUCAACGCCCCCAGAACGGCGCGUAUGGAGGCGCAGCACCAAGUGUGGGUGCGGGAAGUUUCGCUCUGCCUGGACUGGGCAGCGGAGGGCCUCCGCCUGGUGGCGCUGGGUUCCCUGGAUUUGGAGGACAAGGCGGUCAAGGGCCUCAACAACCCCCUCAGGGCAAUUAUGGGUAUGGAUCUCAGCAAAACUAUCAGCAGCAGCAGCAGCAAGGCAGAGGAGGGUACGGCUACGGCAGAUGAAGUCACAAUAUCGAGGCGCGCAAGACUUCUCUGUUCGUUUUCAAUGUAAUUGUAUCAAUUUCACGUGGAG